CCCACGAAGCAAUUCCCGUCCCUGUCGCUCCGGCGAUCAGUGCCAAGACCGCAGCCUUGUCGGUUGACGCUAGCGGACCGCAAGCUCGACGUCGCCAGGCCGCGAAUACGGUCCCUUUCCAAUCCACCACCCGCCAACCUCCGCACCGCAACGACCUCCAUGCCACUUCCCUAAUCGAUAUAACCUCGCCCCGAAAACCCCAUCACUGCUAGCUACUUCCGGCCCGUGCCAACAAUCUCACGGUGAGCCUACUCUACACCAAACCCGCCGUAAUGGCGUACUUCUUCAGCACGCCUGUCGACAUCGACGUCGUGCUCGAGGACACGAGUGAUCGGCAGAUGGUGGAUGUGAAGCUCGAUAAGAAUCGGAGAGAGAAGGCGCCGCUGUAUAGGGAUGAGGAGAGCGUGAGGGGCGCCGUCACGGUGAGGCCGAAGGAUGGGAAGAGGUUGGAGCAUACGGGGAUUAAGGUCCAGUUUAUAGGGACGAUUGAGAUGUUCUUCGACCGCGGCAACCACUACGAAUUCCUCUCCCUAGGCCAAGAGCUCGCCGCCCCCGGCGACCUGCAACACCCCCAAACGUUCCCCUUCAACUUCAAAAACGUCGAGAAGCAAUACGAAUCCUACAACGGGAUCAACGUCAAGCUCCGCUACUUCGUGCGCGUCACCGUCUCGCGCCGCAUGGCCGACGUCAUCCGCGAAAAGGACAUCUGGGUGUAUUCCUACAAAGUGCCUCCGGAGACGCAGAGCAGUAUCAAGAUGGAUGUCGGCAUUGAGGAUUGCCUGCAUAUCGAGUUCGAGUACAGUAAGAGCAAGUACCAUCUUAAGGAUGUGAUUGUGGGGAGGAUUUACUUUUUGCUUGUGAGGCUGAAGAUUAAGCAUAUGGAGUUGAGUAUUAUUAGGAGGGAGACGACGGGGACGGCGCCGAAUCAGUAUAAUGAGAGUGAGACGUUGGUGAGGUUUGAGAUUAUGGAUGGGAGUCCGUCGAGAGGCGAAACAAUCCCCAUCCGCCUCUUCCUCGGCGGCUUCGACCUAACCCCCACAUUCCGCGAAGUCAACAAGAAAUACUCCACCCGCUACUACCUCAGUCUCGUCCUCAUCGACGAAGACGCACGCCGCUACUUCAAACAAUCCGAAAUCGUCCUCUACCGCCAGAACCCGCAGAUCGCGGAUGCGCAGACGCAGAAUACACAGAUUGUUGGGGCGCCGCCGCCGGAGAGGGUGGAGCAGUAGGUGGAUCGUGAAGCAUGAAGGAGGUUAAUGGCUUGGUAACAGAAGGGAGGUGGGGGAUUGAAGGGAGGCGCGGGUGGAGGGGUGGAUCUUGAUGAGGAGGCGGGUGGUGUAUAUAGUAUCGUGGAAGAUGUAGCGGGGAG